CAAGGCCAUCAGCCUCCCUUUUCUCCCUACUUGCUUGGAAACCCCAUAAGAGCUCUCUUUCACGGCAGAGAGAGCAGCGCCGCCACCGACGCCGUCGACGCCGCUCUUCUCUCUACUCUUCUCUCCUCCCUAGACAGACCCGGAAGGCCAUUUUGGGUACUACCAUGGCACAAAAUUUGUUGCGAGCAAAGCAUUUAAGUAACCUCUCGAGUAGUGCUAGAUCCUUUUUUAUUAGCGGGUCACGAUGUAGUGCAACAGAGGGAAAUUCAUGCACUUGCUCUGAAGAUGAAAACUGUGGCCCACAACGGCAGCAAGCAAUAAAUAGAGGUCUUCUUGCCCAAAAUCCAUCAAGCUCCGUAUCUAAACCUGCUGCAGGGGCAGGAAUCUUAAUUUCGCAAGAUGCAGUGAAAGUGGCAGAUUCUGGUAAAUCCAAGAGUGUUGACCAGAGAACUUCUAUAAAACAGGUGGCAACUGCCCCAACACCUUUUGUGAGAGCAGAUACUGUAAGUUAUGCUACCAACGUUGAUGCCAUUCAGAAGGAUAUAAGCUCUUCACCUCCUACUACAGAGCAAUUUGUUAAGGCUGGCGUCGCCGCUGUCAAUUUUUUGUCAGAUAUAGUUAGUUAUAAGAUUCCCUUGUCUGAUGGGAUGGGAAUGCUUACUUUGCCGAAAAACACUAUGGUUCGUCCCACCGUGGGAGUGUCCAGUGUCAAGUCAUCAAAUGUGAAGCAGAUAAACAGAGAGAAUUUCAUUAGUGUUCAUCCAAAACCAUCUACUGAGACAGCAGCGGCUUCAGAGCGUACAAGUAAUCAUCAGGGGUCAAAGGGAAAUUAUGAUAAAUCCAAUUCUGUUAAAGGUCUAAAUCAUGUUCCAUAUACCAGGACAGAAAACUCAGCAGUGGCUCACAGUGUACAGACUUUAGAAACACGUGAUAGAAGGGCUUUGCCACGUAAAUCAAAAGCUCAGCCAAACCACUUCGUUCCAGAUUUCAAGUCCAAUGUACAGAUUUCAGAUGCAGAGACUACGAGGUGUGGCUCUAAAGGUUUCAGUAAACCUGUACGAGAGAUGAAAAUGCCAACAGCGAUUGCUCCAUUUAAUAGGCAGUUUGUGCACAAUGGGAAUGUUGUUCAAAAUGUUUCCCACAUAUUGCAACAGCUUAAAUGGGGCCCUUCUGCAGAGGCAUCUCUCAGAAAUCUCAACUGUUCAAUGGACGCAUAUCAAGCAAACCAAAUUUUGAAGCAACUUCAAGAUCAUACUGUUGCACUUGGUUUUUUUAAUUGGUUAAAACGACAAGCAGGAUUCAGGCAUGAUGGGCACACUUACACCACCAUGGUUGGCAUCCUUGGUCGUGCCAGGCAGUUCGGUGCCAUCAAUAAAUUGCUCAAUCAGAUGGUGAAUGAAGGAUGUCAACCAAAUGUUGUGACAUACAACCGUCUGAUUCAUAGUUAUGGUCGUGCAAACUAUUUGAAAGAUGCAAUGAAUGUGUUCAGUCAAAUGCAAGAAGCAGGGUGUGAGCCUGACCGUGUCACCUACUGUACACUAAUUGACAUCCAUGCAAAAUCUGGUUUUCUUGAUAUUGCCCUUGGACUGUAUGAUAGGAUGCAAAAGGCUGGUCUUUCGCCUGACACAUUUACUUACAGUGUUAUGAUCAACUGCCUCGGGAAAGCUGGCCAUUUAGCUGCCGCUCACCGGCUGUUCUGUGAGAUGGUGGAUCAUGGUUGUGUUCCCAAUCUGGUCACCUAUAAUAUCAUGAUAGCUUUGCAGGCGAAAGCACGGAAUUAUGAGACUGCGUUGAAGCUCUACCGUGACAUGCAGGGUGCUGGAUUUCAGCCAGAUAAAGUGACUUAUAGCAUAGUAAUGGAGGUGCUUGGUCACUGUGGGUAUCUUGAGGAGGCCGAAGCACUUUUUGGUGAAAUGAAACGGAAGAAUUGGGUACCUGAUGAACCUGUUUAUGGCCUUUUAGUUGAUUUGUGGGGCAAGGCUGGUAAUGUGCAAAAAGCGUGGGAUUGGUAUCAAGCAAUGCUCCAUGCUGGUUUGCGUCCUAAUGUGCCUACAUGCAAUUCUCUGCUUAGUGCGUUUCUUAGGGUUCACCGUUUGUCUGAUGCCUAUAACUUGUUGCAGAGCAUGGUGGGCUUAGGUCUGAACCCUUCUUUGCAGACAUAUACCUUGCUUCUCAGUUGUUGCACGGAAGCACAAUCACCAUAUGACAUGGAAUUUUGUUGUGAGCUCAUGGCAGUCACACGUCAUCCUGCUCAUACAUUCCUGCUGUCUAUGCCCUCAGCAGGGCCCGAUGGCCAAAACGUGAGAGAACACAUGAACAGCUUCUUGGAUUUGAUGCAUAGUGAGGAUAGAGAAAGCAAGAGGGGGCUUGUAGAUGCAGUAGUGGAUUUCCUUCAUAAAUCAGGGCUCAAGGAGGAGGCUGGUUCUGUCUGGGAGGUGGCUGCGCAGAAGAAUGUUUAUCCAGACGCUGUCAAAGAGAAGGGCUCAUGUUAUUGGCUUAUAAACCUACAUGUUAUGUCUGAUGGUACUGCUGUGACAGCACUAUCAAGGACACUUGCUUGGUUUCGCCAACAAAUGCUAAUAUCCGGGGUUUGUCCAAACCGGAUUGAUAUUGUGACAGGAUGGGGACGGCGGAGUAGGGUUACAGGAACUUCUAUGGUGAGGCAUGCAGUGCAGGAACUGCUGCACAUGUUUAGCUUCCCGUUUUUCACCGAGAAUGGGAAUUCUGGGUGCUUUGUAGGAUGUGGGGAGUCUCUUAAUAGAUGGUUGCUUGAAUCUUAUGUGGAGCGGAUGCAUUUAUUAUAGGCGGCAUGCUUCCUUUCUGUCAUCAGCACCGAUUUUUUAUUCUUCCUUAUUGGUAGGAAGAGGAAGAUUAGCAGGCUUAGUCGAUUAAUGUUAUCUAUUUAUGAGAGUAUGACUGUAUCCAAGUUGUUCUUAUGUGCAGCUUUAAGUUAAGUAAUAAAUUUCAGUUUUCACCAGUGAUGUAAACUCGGUGUUGAUUUUGUUCAUAUGUUCAAUCAUUCAGG